CGACGAGGAGGAUGAAGAAGAAAAAUACGAGGAGGAGGAGGAUGAAAAAGAAGAGAAGGAUCAAAAGGAGGAUGUGGAUGAUGAGGGGGAUGAGGAAGAAGAAGAAUAAUAGGGAGGGAGGAGGAGGAGGAGGAGAAGGAGGAGGGCGAUGACGAAGAAGAAGAAGAGGAAACGGCGGCGGAGAAGGAAAGGGAACAGGAGCAGGCCAUGGCGAUGGACGCAAAUCAGGACGCCGCGACAAUGGAGGAGGAGGAGGACGACGAUGACGAUGAAGAGGAGAAGGAGGGGGAGGAGGAGGAGGAGGAGGAGGAGGAGGACGACGACGACGACGACGAAGAGGAGGAGGAGGAUGGGGGGAAGAAGGUGGAGGAGAAAGAGGAGGAGGAGGAAGAAGAACUUGAAAAGGAGGAGGAAGAGGAGGACGAGGACGAGGAGGAGGAAAAAGAAGAGCAGGAAAAGGAGGAGGAGGAGAAGGAGGAUGCCGAAAAAAGACGAAGAGGAGGAGGAGGACGAAGAAAAAGCGAAGGAUGAAGAGGAGGAGGAGGAGGAGAAGGAGGAGGAAAGGGAGCAGAUACAGGGGACUAUGGCGAUAAAGGCAAAUUGGAACG